UAGUAUUUCCUGUGAAAUGUAUUUAAAUGACUUUUUAUCAACACAAAACUGUAGCGGCAGACGGAAUACAGUCACGUGAUACCUCCCGUCGCCAACCAAACGUAAGGUGACAGUUGACUAUUACGAUAGAAAAAAAGUCAACAUUUUGGCAAAUCAUUACUAGUAACACCAUAACCUCUCAAGUGUUAACGUGGACCCCGACUUAAACAAGUUGAAAAACGUAUUCGGGUGGUACCAUUUAGUGGUCAAUUGUACGGAAAAUGUACUGUACUGUGCAAUCUACUAAUAAAAGUUUCAAUUAAUCAAUCAAUCAAUGUAAUUAUUAUCUAUGCUCGCAGUGAUUUAUAUCUGGUCAUUUGACUGGCGGUUUAGCUUGUUUACUAUAUAAACUACAUUUCCCAUGAAGCUUUGCACUGGACUUCAUCACGUGACCAGAACGACAACAACGCUUCUGAAAAUUGUAGGAAGUGUUUUAAACCAUGGUUAGAAUCCGCACUUCACUUGUCCAAAAGCACAUGUGACGUGCACUCACAAGAAAAGGGACGAGUUUUACCAGCUAUUAUGGCGAAGUCAGCAGAUAAAAAAUUGGAAGGGCUUGUUGCAGCUACAUUCACUCCAUUCACCUCUCAAGGUGAAAUCAACCUUUCAGAGAUUGGACCCUAUAUUGACUACUUGACAGAGAAGCAAGGUGUAAAUAGCGUAUUUGUGAAUGGCACCACAGGAGAGAGCAUGUCUCUCAGCGUCCAAGAGAGGAAGUUACUGGCGCACGACUGGUGUCAGAAAGCCAAGGGCAAACUGGAGCAGGUGAUCGUGCAUGUUGGCUGCAUGAGUCUCAAAGACUCCCAAGACCUUGCUAGCCACGCAGCUUCAAUCAAUGCUAAUGGAAUAGCCGUCAUCGCUCCCUCCUUCUUCAAACCAAGCUCUGCAGAGGCGCUGAGGACGUACCUCCAGGAAGUGGCUUCUGUGGCCCCAUCAGUGCCCUUCUAUUAUUACCAUAUUCCAGCUCUUACUGGUGUUAAUGUGCCUGCUAGGGAUUUACUGGAAGGAAUCGAGACCCUCAUUCCCUCCUUCAGGGGUGUGAAGUUCUCAGGAAGUGACCUGAUGGACUUGGGCCAGUGCGUCAGCCACAUUCAGCCCCAUUGCUCAGUCAUGUACGGCGUGGACGAGCAACUGUUGGCAGCCCUUGUGUUAGGAGCCCACGGAGCAGUCGGCAGCACGUACAACUAUCUGGGAUCUCACAUGAACAAGCUGUUGUCUGAGUUUGAGAAGGGCAACCUUGCAAACGCUAGAAGCAUUCAGUUCAAGAUGCAAGAACUUAUCAGCUACGCUGUAAAACUGGGAUUCAACCUGAGCGUGAACAAGCAGUUGAUGACGGAGGUGUCGGGCGUGCACCUCGGCCCCCCUCGGCUUCCUCUGACGCCGUGCCCUCAACAAGACGCUCUGUCCAUCAAACAGAAGUAUCAGAAUCUCUUUCCUGUACAGUAAUAAUAGUGUCCUGCCAGUAUUAAUGUAAACAAACAAAUCCUCUUUGUUACAAGUCAAGAAGGGUAUGGACUCGAGUUACACGACUUGAACUCGAUCCGCAAUUUUGAUGACUUAAUACUCAACUUGACAAUACAGUCAAAUAAUUGGCGCUUUGACUUGGACUUUGACGUCAAUGACUCGGGACUUGAUGACUUGAAAAUGCAGUAUUCCAUCACUCUUCCACGGUUCACGCACAUGCAUCGCACAUUUUAAAGAACAAUUAGAAUUGCGUUUCAUGUUAAAAUGAAGUACGUUUUUAAGUGUGUGUGUUGUAAGAGUAUAGGAUGUGUGUAUAAGUGUGUGUAGAGGGCUUAUAAAGACUUUAAAUGCAUGUAACAAUCAAGCAAUAAAAUAAAUAGCUACAAUCUUAUGUUGAUAACAUCCUUAACAUUCACCGCAUACACUUUAUUGAAAAAGGCAAGAAGUUGAUGCUAAUGCUAGCCUGGGCAAUUAUUUUGACUCAGGGGGGGCCAAAUUUAGAGAAAAAAAUGUGUUUGGGGGCCGGUAUAUUUGAUUUUUAGGAACACUAAUGCAAAACCUCAGAAUAAUGUCUGAUAGAAUGCUAGAAACGUUAAAAGAGGGAAUGGAAGUUUACGUUUUUUACUGAACGAGACACCCAGAAUGUGCCUGAAAAUAAAGAAUGUGGGAUUUACAGUAUUAACUAUGACCGAUAAAACACUGAAUAUUGACAACGUAUGAACGUCACACCCCCUCUCGAUCGACGUAUUUUUCAAUCAAGCGAAACGCAACAAAAAUGCAACAAACAGCGAAAUAUUAACGCGAAGGGUAAAAAACCCCCACCUACAAUCUGAAAUAUCUGAUACAUCACUAAGCUUUAGAACUUUGCUGUAAAAAUCUCCUUCCGCGUCUGUCCCCGACACCUGCGUUUCAGGCUGGCCGCUCUGGAAACACUCUGUGGAAACGCUCCCCACCCAAAGUGUUUGGUGCCUCGUCUGAGCUGCUGUGACUUAGAUGACCAUAGUAACUAGUAUAUCAUGCAAAAGCGCAGAUUCCAACCAUACUUUGUAUAGUUCAAGACGUACGGUCAUUUGAAAACAUCACUGCAUAUCAUAAUGGCAGCAGCAGUUUCCAUCUUAAAGAUCGAACAAAAAAUUUGGGGAAUGUCCGGCGGGCAAGAUUGAAAAGCUCAACGGGCUGCAUUCGGCCCCCGGGCCUUAAUUUACCCAGGUCUACUGUGGGGUAAUACAUUAUUAACAAUAACUGACAAUAAACACAUCAUAAAACAAACAUUUUGUACAACUAGAGCCGCAAAGAGCAAUGGGAAACCGGAACAGCGCAUGUGCUGACGUGUCUGUGGCGGCCAUCUUGGUGACAGAGCUGUCAUAAUUUGUUAAUUUCUCACAAGUAACACUAACUACUGCUUCACUGGAAUAAUCAACAUUGAAUACGUCAGAAAACCAAACCGUAUUGUGCAAAACAAAGAAAAACCUGAUGCUGAUGUGUCUAGGUGGCGGCCAUCUUGGUGAGGGCGGUGUCAUAAUUUGCUAAUUUCUCAAGGGUAACGCUGACUACUGCUUUACUGUGGAGGAGUGAGUAAUCAACAAUGAAUACGUCAUAAAACCAAACCGUAUUCUGCAAAACAAAGAACGAAGAAAAACCUGACGCUGAUGUGUCUAGUUGGCGGCCAUCUUGGUGAGGGCGGUGUCAUAAUUUGCUAAUUUUUCAAAGCUAACGCUGACUUACUGCUUUACUGUGGAGUAAUAAUCGACAAUGAAUACGUCAUAAAACCAAACUGUAUUCUGUAAAACAAAGAAUGAAAGAAAACCUAACGCUGACGUGUCUAUGUGGCGGCCAUCUUGGUGAGGGCACUGUUAUAUCUUGCCAUUUCUCAACCAAUUUACUUGCUGUUUACUUUACUGUUAACAUCAAAACAUGAGCUAUUAAUGCGAAACAUUGAAUUCAAAAACAAGACCAAAAAAUUGUUACUGAAGAAAGCUUAUUUUCAGCUCAAAGAGGCGUGUCGGUUCUCGGACGCCGUGUGGCGGAAGUUCUAUUAAUUAGGGUAAACCAUCAGUGAGGAGGACAGUCUUGUGGGUUGUAAAUAUCACGUCUGUGCCUUUUAAAGUAACUAUCAGGUUCAAGAAUACACAACCAAGAUGUGAGUAAAUUAAACUCUGGUUGUAAUCUAUUUAAAAAUAAAACAAUCCAGAAUGUGAGUGUUGUAUGUGUCAAUUUAAUUACAUGAACAGCAUUUUAUUUAACUGUGCUUGUGACUUAAAAGACUUGAAAAUUUCAUGCAGCGGACUUCGUAAUUGUCUUGAUUGGAGACUUGACUUGAGAUUUUUAGGUUGAAGACUAAAGACUUUCAAAUCACUGACUUUCUUUCACCUCUGCAAAUUAAGAACAUGUAUAGUUUUCCGACCGAAUGAUAGUUGGCUUGUAAUCCAAUUAAUAAAGUGAUUUCUUUACCUCUUUGGUGAAUUUUUAUAUUCUUGUACUUUGUUCUCUAGCCGGUGUUCCAAGUCACCAUGACCUGAUCAUAGUACAACUUGGAACACGACUUAUCUGGCUUCCAAAAAGUAAACAAAACCUUUCUCUUUAAAUCAUCACUUGAGACUUCUGCAAAUCUCAUGAGAAUUCAAUUCUCCCUUUAGAUGUUUUUUUUGCGGGGUACCAAUGGAAAAGUGUGACAACUACAGGACCUUUUUGCUACCCAUUGUUCGGUAUAAAAUUAGCAAUGUAAUUACAUUGAAUUAAUGAAUGAAUAAAUUAAAACAAAUUAAAUAGCAUUCAUAUAAGCACAUUGAUUGUAUUACUCAAAUGCCAGCGACCCCAAAAGGGAAUAAGCGGUAGAAAAUGGAUGGAUGGAUAUUAUGCAGUAGUUGACUUGCAUACCAUUGUACAAUAAAAUUAAUGGUUUUUACGAUAUUGACAAACCACAUACAGUAGGUCAUACCAUUUAACUAUGUUAAACAUCGCCUGUACAGUAAAAUGAAUGGUUUUUACAAUGUUGACAAACCACAUACAGUAAGAAUUCAGGAAAUCAUAUGGCCCCACGGUGAAGUGACACAUUUGGGGUGCACCAUUCACUUCAGCCACAAGAUAGCAGUAGAGUGACAAUCUUAAAAUGUGUUUUAUGGCAAAUCCAACUUUGACCACGGUGUCAGUUAAGUUAAGUUAAAGUACCCAUGAUUGUCACACACACACACACAAGGUGUGGCGAAAUUAUUCUCUGCAUUUGACCCAUCACACUUGAUCACCCCCUGGGAGGUGAGGGGAGCAGUGAGCAGCAGCAGCGGUGGUGAUUUAACCCCCAAUUUCAACCCUUGAUGCUGAGUGUCAAGCAGGGAGGCAAUGGGUCCCAUUUUUAUAGUCUUUGGUUUGACUCGCCCGGGGUUUGAACUCACGACCUACCGAUCUCAGGGCGGACACUCUAACCACUAGACCACUGAGUUGCGAUGUAGAGUGGCGCUUUUCAGCAAACUCCAUUUUAAAAUGAUCAUGAAUAUGAAUAUCUUCCCUAUUGUACGGUACAUACCACACUUUCUAAAACUUUGUUCAUUUUACAAACGCCAAAACAAAAAACAUGUUAGGACUAGGACAAGGAGUUGACCCCCAAUGCAGAGACGGUAGGCAGUGUGAAAUCAAAAACAGAAAAAAUCUUAAACAAAAGGAGAUGGGGCAGAAUUGCACACCAUAUAAAGAGGUCGGCAUGCACAGAGUGAAGGAAAAGUCCACAAAAAGAAAUCCACUGGAUAGAAAAAACACACAAGAGCUUAGGCGUAAAAUAAGGUGACAAAACGUAGCCGGACUUAGAGAUCUAGCGAGGAGAGAAUACAGGGAACAAUAACCAACAAGGCACAGCUGUCUGUGACAAGGUUAAGUAGUCCUUGGACUGAUUAGCGAAGGUCCGCACCUCGCCGAGGAAGAAUGAACUGAGAAGAAAAAAAAAAGCACAACAGGGAAAAUGCAGGCACAAAAUGAUAGGGAAGGCAGAGAACAAUAAAACACAACAAAACAUGUACUCAACAGAUUUACCCAUCACAUGUACAGUAUAGUGUAAAAAAAACUUGUUGAAUUGUAUUAUAUUGUGUAGUUAAAGACCAUUGAUUCUGUCAUCCAUUUUGCAUUUUUUAAGCGUAUAAAUGGUUAAAUAAACUAAAUAUCAAUACUAUAUUAGUCUUGGCCACUAAAUGAGACAAAACCAAUCAGAUUGUGCUGUUUAUUUAUAUAGCCCUAAAUCACAAGUGUCUCAAAGGGCUGCACAAGCCACAACGACAUCUUCGGUUCAGAUACCAUAUCAGGGCAAGGAAAAACUCAACCCAGUGGGAUGACAAUGAGAAACCUUGGAGAGGACCGCAGAUGUGGGGUUACCCAGUUUCCCCAAGGGCAACAACGUUAAUAUAUGUUUGAUGAAACGUAAGUAUAUGCAUGAGUGUAUUUAUGCAUAUGUACUUGUAUAUGUACAGUAUGUGUAUAUUUAUGUUUGUACAGUGAAUGUAUAUGUACAUGUAUGUGUAUAUGUAUGUUUGUACAGUUAAUGUAUAUGUACAUGUAUGUGUAUAUGUAUGUUUGUACAGUGAAUGUAUAUGUACAGUAUGUGUAUAUUUAUGUUUGUACAGUGAAUGUACAUGUAUGUGUAUAUGUAUGUUUGUACAGUGAAUGUAUAUAUACAUGUAUGUGUAUAUGUAUGUUUGUACAGUGAAUGUAUAUCUACAGUAUGUGUAUAUGUAUGUUUGUUCAGUGAAUGUAUAUGUACAGUAUACAGCCAUCUUUUUAAUGGAACUGUACAUUGUCCUUCAAAUAAACAAAUACAACCUCAACAUCUCGAGGGCUCUCAUAAUGUUAUUCAAAGCGAUCUGUUUAAAAAAAAAUGUUUUGGCCCAAUUCGAUCGUUUAGGAAUGUUACUCCAAAAGCCUUCUUUCAUCUCCAUUAUUAAAAUAUGUCUUAUUUAUCAACAAUGACAUCUCCUGGUCUGAACUCACAUCCGGGCAAGAAAAAACUCCAAAAGGCCGAGCUGAAAAAAUGAAGAAACCUUGGGACACGGAGGGGCCACAAAUGUGGGGGGCCCUUCCUGGGUGACGGGCUGCAAUGGAUGACGAGAGGGUACAGUUAUUUAUUUUUUUAAUCUUUAUUUGUUCCUGUGGGGAAAUUUUGAACAGGCAGAAUUAUGGGUCGCCACAAGAGCAGCACGGUGGGUGAAGUGUUUAGUCCAAGGAAGCUAGAUUGGACUCGGACAUUGCUGCCUCUCUCCACCCCUAGACUGCUUGCCUCCCUAAGGACUGCCUCUUCGCCUUGCCUUCUUGACUCGACGAAAGAUUCAUCCAACACACACAGACAACAACCCCUGGUAAUGCUUACACAAUUAAUUCUACACAUCGUCCGCACUCAUUCACUUGAAGUAGCAUACACACUCCACUCACUCAUUAAAGGUUUCAAUAAACCUU